AUGUCGAACAACUUCGACGCCGUGACGCAGUCUGACUGGCAGGGUCAGUACUCGUUCCUCCCGCCGGGGGAUGGGACCAUCUUUUCGCAGCCGUACGAGCAUGUGGCGAGCUCGGCCGAGAACGCCGAAACACACUCGCGGCCCCGAACUGUGGCCGGGCCGGGCGAGCCGCCGAAGCCAGGGAGCUCGCCACUCAGCCUCAGCCACCGCAUCGAUCCUCUGGGUCUGCGGCAACCACGGCAGCCGUCUCCGAUCCCCGAGCAACCAGAGACUCAGGGGGAGCAAUAUGCAUCAAAGGCGGCCGAGUCAGCCCCCGAAGAAUCGUUGGUCUCAACCGGGACGCAUAGCAUCUCACUUGGCUCCAACCCCCUGAGCUCGGUGCCAUCGGCGGGGCAAGGUUCCGAGACGGCGCCGGGCCAGCCGGGAAACGAGGGGCAUGCGGCCGUCAAAGACGAAGACGAAGAGGCGGUGUCAGAGGAUGAGGAGAUGAUCGAAGCGGAGGCGGAAGCGGAAGGAGAAGGAGAAGGAGGAGAAGGAGAAGGAGAGGCGCAGGCUCAACCCCAAACCGCGGCCGAGAGAACGGCACAGCGCCGGAAGAUGAAGCGGUUUAGACUCACCCACCAGCAAACGCGGUUCUUGAUGAGCGAGUUCGCGAAGCAGCCGCAUCCCGAUGCAGCACACCGCGAACGGCUCUCGAGAGAGAUCCCCGGCCUCAGCCCUCGUCAAGUACAAGUGUGGUUCCAGAACCGGCGCGCCAAGAUCAAGCGAUUGACGGCGGACGACCGCGAGCGGAUGAUGAAGAUGAGAGCAGUUCCGGAGGAUUUCGACAGUCUGGGCGCACUCCACUCCCCGUACGGCGCAGUGCACGGCCUGGGAACACCGCUCACCUCGCCGGUAGACCUGGGCGCGUCGCCGUAUGCCGACCACAUGAUGCGGCCGCUCAUGGUGGACGUGCGGCGUCACGACGGCGACGACCACCUCUCGCCCACCGGUCUCAGCCCGGCCUUUGGAAGCAUAGGCUUUGGCCCGCCGGCGGGACUCGGCACGCCCGACAUGCUGUCGCCCAUCUCGCCAACCUCGGCCGACCACCACCGAUACGGCUACCCGAGCUACCCCUCGGCCACGUCCCUGGGUGCCGGGCCGAGGACGUCGAACCCGUUCGCCCGGCAGGCAAGCUUCGAUUCCGGGAUGGGGUCGUACGGGCAGCACGCGCGCCGACAGAUCCGGCCGUUACAGCCGCUCCAGCUCCGUGACACGUUGACCAGGUCGCGCUCCGACACGCUCCAGUCGCCGCUGCGGUCGAGCAUGUCGUGGAAGGGGGAGGCUCUGGACUACACGACCUAUCAUGGCGGGAACCCGUCCCCGCAGAUCGGGGCCCGGCAUCACAGCCUCUACCAGCAGGAUCCGGUGGGCGCCAGCUCUGCAAGCGGCCUGAGCCCCUACGACUCGAGCCACUACUCGGCGUCUACUGUCCAGUCGCCCACACACUACUCCGGCUUCCAGCCCUCCAGUUUGCAGGCUGCGGCCGCGGCGAACCAGCAGCGGGGAUCACGCUUGCGGGCCGCGUCCGCGUCGGCCUCCCUCCCGCUAGGCUUGGAUCUGCGGACGCAGUUCAGGUCGCCCUUCGGGUCCGGCGGUCUGCAGAGCACCACCACCGCCACCACCACCACCAACUCCCAUCAUUCCCCGUCGGGGUCGGGGGCAGGGCCGCGCGCAACAGCGUCAUCGGCGGCCGCCUCGCACCUCGGCGCCCUCUCGGUAUCGUCCAGCUACACGGGGAGCUUUCCCUCGGCGCCGCUCACAGCGCCCGUUGAUUUCUCGCUGCCCCGGACGUCGGCCGCCGGCGGCGGAUACCGAACCUCGUCCUCCUCCUCCACCUCGGCGGUGGCGACCGACCACUACUCGAUGCCGCAACUGAGCGCCCCGAUCACGCAGCCCACCGACUUCUUCCAGGCCAGCGCCGCAGCUGCGAGGACCCCGCUGAGGGAUACGUUUGGCGGGCCCGGCGCCGGCGGGGGCGGGGGCGGAGCCGGAGCCGGAGGGGGAGGAGGAGUUGGAGGAGUUGGAGAUGACUACUCCCAAGACCCGCUGGGCAUCAUCAGGCGCAAGCGCAGCUUCACGGGGCCGUCUUCUUCUUCGGCCGCCGUCACGGCUGCGGGGACAGGCGGGUACGGCGGCGGUGCGGCAUAA